AAAUAGAUGUCUCGGUCGUCUCUUUGUCUCCCAAAUCACUACAAAUCUCUCUUUUCCUCUAAGUUAACAAAAGAAAAUGGAGAAUAUGGGAACUAGAGUGAUAGAGCCAUUGAUAAUGGGGAGAGUGGUAGGAGAUGUUCUUGAUUUCUUCACUCCAACAACUAAGAUGAAUGUUAGUUAUAACAAGAAGCAAGUCUCCAAUGGCCAUGAGCUCUUUCCUUCUUCUGUUUCCUCCAAGCCUAGGGUUGAGAUCCAUGGUGGUGAUCUCAGAUCCUUCUUCACUUUGGUGAUGAUAGACCCAGAUGUUCCAGGUCCUAGUGACCCCUUUCUAAAAGAACACCUGCACUGGAUCGUUACAAACAUUCCCGGCACAACAGAUGCUACGUUUGGCAAAGAGGUGGUGAGCUAUGAAUUGCCAAGGCCAAGCAUAGGGAUACAUAGGUUUGUGUUUGUUCUGUUCAGGCAGAAGCAAAGACGUGUUAUCUUUCCUAAUAUCCCUUCGAGAGAUCACUUCAACACUCGUAAAUUUGCGGUCGAGUAUGAUCUUGGUCUCCCUGUCGCGGCCGUCUUCUUUAACGCACAAAGAGAAACCGCUGCACGCAAACGCUAGUUUCAUGAUUGUCAUAAACUGCAAAAAUGAAAGAAGAAAAUUUGCAUGUAAUCUCAUGUUUAUUUGUGUUCUGAAUUUCCGUACUCUGAAUAAAAACUGCCAAAGAUGAGUUGAAUCCGAAAUAUCAAUUGAGUUUACAGAAGUAUUGAUAACGAUCUGUCGAUUAUCAGAAUAAAAACUAGAUUAAUUGCAUAUCAUGUUUAGCAUUGUAAUACUACAAAAAUAGUAAACUCUUGAUUAAUUAAUAAAAUCUAAGUUGC